AUGAUCAAACAGAGACGAUCAAACAGAGACAAUCGAAAAGAGACAAUUAAAGAGAGAAGAUCGAAAAGAGACGAUCGUAAAGAGAUGAUUGAAAAGAGACGAUCAAAGAGACAAUUAAAGAGAAACGAUCAAAAAGAGACGAUCAAAGAGAGACGAUCGAAAAGAGAGAUAAUCAAAGAGAGACGAUUGAAAAGAGAGACGAUCGGAAACAGACGAUCGGAAACAGACGAUCGAAAAGAGACGAUCGAAAAGAGACGAUCGAAAAGAGACGAUCGGAAACAGACGAUCAAAGAGAGAUGA